AUGGUCCCUUCCACUGUUGUCCUUGUCCCUGGUGCCUGGCAUCAGCCGUCCUGCAUGCGCCAGCUGCAGGAUGAACUGACAAGCCGGGGGCUCAAUGCCACCACAGUGGCUCACCCGUCCAUCGGCAACACCUCCCCACCACUGAAAACCAUGGUGGAUGACUGGGCGAGUCUGCACGCCGCCAUCGAGAAACUCGCGGAUGACGGUCAUUUUGUGACGGUUGUAGCUCAUUCAUAUGGAGGUGCGGUUACGUCGGGCGCAGCUGAAGGUUUGAGCGUCGCCGAGCGACGUGCUGCUGGAAAGGCAGGUGGGAUUGUUAAGAUCGUAUACCUCGCGGCUUUUGUCGUCCCCAAGGGCCAGACCCUUCUCGGUUAUUUUGGUGGAGUUGCCCCUACAUACUGGGAAUUCAAGGGUGACCUAGUCUAUGCAAACAAUCCGGAGAUCAGCGAUCCGGCCAAUCUCUUCUACAAUGACCUCCCCAGCGAUGUUCAAGAUUAUUGGAUCUCUCAGCUUCUUCCCAUGACAGCGGCGUGUUCCCAAGUGCCAAACACUUACGAGCCAUGGAAGUAUAUUCCAUGCACAUACAUCCAUGCCAAGCAGGACCAGACUCUGCCACUGGAGAUUCAGGAAGAUAUCGUCGCCACUAUGGGAUCCGUUACAACCCUGACCCUGGACUCUUCUCAUUCGCCUUUCUUGAGCAUGCCCCGUGAUGUUGCCCUGCUGGUCCAACAAUCGGUUGAGGAGGGACUGGAACAAGCCACUGGUGUUGGUAUCUCCGCCGCAUAA